AUGCUGUCAAGAGCCUUCACAAAGCCCAGGAGGAGCUCCGGUGAAGCCGAAAACAGUUGCCGGUCCAUCGACGAAUAUGGGGACUGCGUGAUAGGGUUCAUGGAGGACAUGCCUCUGAUCUUCUGCGGCGGCAGCAAUAAUGGAGGGGAGUACUGUGUGGGUCCCGGUGGCCACGGCGGAGGAGGGGCUUACUUGACCUUGAAGGGGUUGUUGAGGGCGUCGGUAGGGGUGUUGGGCGAGAGCAGGUUGGGGAUGACGGAGAAAGUGGUGCUGUGGGUGGGGAAAGUGUGUACGGUGAAGAGGUUUACGAAGGUGAGUGUUGGGAGGGGGGAGUUCGGGAGAAGGAUUCAGCUGCUGGCGCAGGUUAGCAGGAGGUGUGAGUAUCUUGUGCCUGUCAAUGCUUUCUUGUAUUCCAAAAGGAUCAAGUUUGUUGUUUCUGAUUACCAUCCCAUGGGAAGCCUGGCUGACUUGCUUGCUGGUGCAAGGGAAUAUGGUCACACAGCUUUAGAAUGGAAUCAUCGGCUCAUAAUAGUACUUCACAUUGCGCGAGCCAUCGCUUUCAUCCAUUCACAUUCCCCUCCAAAGGACAGAAACUUGCAGCUGAACGUGCACGGUAACAUCAAAGCCUCCAACGUCAUGAUCAAUAUCGAUUUCAGUGCUUGCUUGACAGAUUAUGGCUUUACUCAACUGGCACGGCGGAUAGAAGUUUCAGAUACAUGGCCGCAUAAGCCACCCCCACCACCACCAGUAGGCUCAUACUGUGACAAUUUAUGCCAGAAAAGUGAUGUCUACAAUUUUGGGAUCGUAGUGUUGGACAUUUUAGCAGGGCCUGAGGCUCUAGGUCAGAUGAAGUGCAUAACUCAGAAGAAAGAAGAGAUCAAAAAUGGGGACAUUGAGUUUUUCGAGUUUUCUGUAGAAGGGAAAGCAAGAAAGCAAGCUAUGCAGGUUUUGGACAUUGCAUUGGCAUGUACAAAUAUGUCGCCCGACCCAAGGCCUUCAAUGGAAAAGGUACUGUUGUACUUAGGAGAUGUUCUUAGCGGCAGAUAA